UUUUUCAGACGCUAUGGCACAAAGUGCGCGGGAUGUGCACAGGGCAUAUCUCCCAGCGACCUGGUGCGUCGCGCGCGCAGCAAAGUGUUCCACCUCAAGUGUUUCACGUGCGUGGUGUGCAGGAAGCAGCUAUCUACGGGCGAGGAGUUGUACGUGCUGGAGGAAAACAAGUUCAUCUGCAAAGAGGACUAUAUAAAUAGCAAAUAUGCGGGUUCCGACGUGGAAGACGACGGCGAUAUGGACUCGGGAAUCGAUACUCAAUGCAACAUAUCGGACAAGGACUUUCCCCUGGACGGAGAGAGCAGUCCGCACGACAGUAAAGAAUCGAUACUCGGCAGUAUUCCUCACGCCUUGAGCGCGGGUGGAAACAACAACAACAAUAACAACAACAACGCUAACAACAACAACAACAACAAUAAUAAUAACAGUUUCCUCAACGUCAACGGCAACGCCAACAGCAACAACAGCCUCAGCAACAACAGCCUCAGCAACCACCUGGGCGCCAGUUUAGGUGGGGCCCCUCUCGGCUGCGCUGGGCUGACCUCUCACGGCGCGGGAAAUGGACCCGGAGCUCUCGUGGGCGCCAAGAGGCGGGGUCCGCGGACCACCAUCAAGGCCAAACAGCUGGAGACCCUCAAGGCUGCCUUCGCCGCCACGCCCAAACCCACACGUCACAUCCGUGAGCAGUUGGCCCAGGAGACGGGACUCAACAUGAGGGUCAUCCAGAGAUCGUGUUUCGAUGAUCGGCCACUGACCCCUGUCAUCGCUGUGUUACAAAGGCCCCCGUACAGAACCUGGCGCUGGGAUUAUACUGGCAGACCAACAGUGUCUGGUCUACCAGGCCGCACUCUGUCCCCUAAAGUCAAGGUCGCCGUGGCCCACAGUGGAGUGAUAAACGCCUUCUCCCGGCACCUGAGCGUCG